AGCAUUGCCAACCGGAUGGCAUCCCGGGAGGGAGGAGCAGCCGGCCGGUCGGCGCUGUGGGUGGGGCGGACGCGGGAGUACCGCACGGGAAUGGACACGGAGCUGGUCGCCAUUGACGGCGCCGCGGGCCCGGCGGUGAGCCUGUUCGUGCUGUGCGGUGACCGGUUCGAGGGCUCGCAGCUGUUCCGGUCGGGCGGCCUGUCUGUGCACAUGGUCCGCGUGGAGGGCCACCCUGUGUCCAUGGCCUCCUGCACCGUCGGCGACCACCAGUGGAUGCUGGCGCGCGACGCGCUCGUGGCGCGCCUCGACGCGCGCGCCUUCGUCUUCGAGCUCCCCGGCUUCUUCUACGCCGUAGUCGUGCCGCCCGACGCCGCCGGUGGGGUGGAGAGUAAGUGCGCCACGAUGGCGGAGAUCUUCUCCCGGUUCUGCGCGUACCACGAUCUCACCACGGCAGAUGGUGCAGACGAAGCCGGCGAUCUGAACCAACAUACCAAUCCAUGGGUCCGUGCCCACUCCAAGAUACAGCGCCUCAAGAGACACACCUCGCCGACCGGACAGGCCCCCGCCGACGCGCCGUUCGACCGCGCCAGGCAGAUGGAGCGCGCGGUCCGCACGUCGGCGGUUGUCAAGCUGCUCACCCGCUCCCUCCUCACCGGCGUGCUGCAGCCCACUCGGCACCUGAUCAUCACCCUCGGCUGCGGCGCUAAUGCCGGCACCAGCUCGAGCGCCUCCGCGGCGGCGCUGCCGAGCAAGUCGGUCGUGUCCGACCUCCUCGAUGCCAUCGAGACGAACAGGGCCAGGCCGCGCUGCGACGCCCGCCGCGGCGGCGGCUUGGGGUGGUGGGGCCUCAACGUGGAGGGCGUAAUGCUGCUGCUCCGAGUCGUGAAGGCGGUCCGGGGGAAGAAGCAGGUGGCGGCGCCGGGGAACAAGAGGCCCCGCGACGAGGGGCCCGGGCGCGACGAUCUGAGAAGAGGCGGUGUUGUCGGAGGCGGAAGCGCCGCGGCGUUCGGCGGCGGCGCUGCGCAGCGUUGGUGCGUCGGUGCCUGUGGGAGCUCUUGA